AUGAGUUCCGACCAUCCGCUUAAUGAAGUCAGCUGUCUCAACGCCGAUGCCAUCCUUAGACGAGACGAGAUUUUCAGAACAAUUGUCGACACUAGCAGGGUCGAUAUUACCGCAAAGAACCUACGUGACGAUGGAAUAACUCCUCUUCACCGCGCCUGCAUAUCAGGCUGUGUUGAGAUGGCCGACUUCCUCCUCCACAACGAUUCCGUCAAGGUCACGGUCGAUGAGAGGGAUGAAAAUGGUCGAAACCCACUUUCUCACGGAGUUGAGAAGGGACAAGAGAAGAUUUCUCAACGGCUAGUCAACUUGAAACCCGUAAACCGUGAUGCUGUCGACACCCAAGUUCAUACGCCCUUUAACUAUGCCAUCAAUCGUGGUUAUCAAAGCAUAACUCGGGUUUUGCUUAAUACCGGACGUGUCAACCGGUAA